AUGACUCUGACCGACAUGACAUCACCAGAGAGGAGCAGCGGGGGAUGUGCGUCAUCGUGGCCGCCGCUCCAGGAGGCCGGCUCCAGCCCCUACAUGUCGUCGCUCUGCUCGCCGUCCGGCAUCCCCGCCGUCAAGCGAUAUGGCGACAGGUUCAUCCCCAACAGGUCCGCGAUGGACAUGGACAUGACGCACUACCUUCUGACGGAGCCGAGGAAGGACAAGGAGAACGCGGCGACACCGUCGCCGGCCAGGGAGGCGUACCGGAGGUUGCUACCUAAGAAGCUGUUUAACAACCACACCAGGAUCCUCGCUUUCCAGAACAGGCUGCCUGAGCCUGCCAACAACUUCCUCGCAGAGCUGCGUGCCGAUGCGGCUUCCAUCCAGGACAAACCGGCGAAGCAGCGUCGAUACAUCCCUCAGUCCCCAGAGAGGAUGCUGGAUGCGCCAGGCCUCGUUGAUGAUUACUGCCUUAACCUGCUGGACUGGGGGAGCGCCAAUGUGCUGUCGAUUGCACUGGGCAACACGGUAUACCUUUGGGACGCCUCAAGUGGCUCGACGUCUGAGCUCGUUACCGUUGAUGAGGACGAUGGCCCUGUCACUAGUGUUAGCUGGGCUCCUGAUGGCCGCCACAUUGCUAUUGGCCUCGACUCCUCAGCUGUCCAGCUCUGGGAUUCCACCUCUAACCGACUGCGGAGAACGCUGCAAGGUGUGCAUGAGUCGAGAGUUGGUUCACUGGCAUGGAACAACAACAUCCUGACCGCUGGUGAUAUGGACGGCAAGAUUGUGAACAAUGAUAUGAGGAUUAGGAACCAUGCCGUGCAGACAUACCAUGGGCACCACCAGGAGGUGUGUGGACUUACGUGGUCAGGAUCAGGGAAGAGGUUGGCCAGCGGUGGGAACGACAGCCUCCUCCACAUAUGGGAUGUGUCUAUGGCAUCGUCUGCACAAUCUACAGGUCGCACCCAAUGGUUACACAGGCUUGACGACAACUUGGCUGCCGUGAAGGGGCUUGCAUGGUGCCCAUUUCAGAGCAACCUGCUGGCAUCCGGCGGUGGCGUAGGUGACAGAUGCAUCAAGUUUUGGAACACACACACUGGCGCAUGCCUUAACUCUGUUGACACUGGGUCACAAGUGUGUGCACUGCUCUAG